AUGGAGGAAACCAAAGGCACCUCAAUUUUUGACAUACAACUUCCUCCCGGUUUCAGAUUUCACCCAACUGAUGAAGAACUUAUUGUUCACUACUUGCAGAAGAAAGUCAUCUCAACAACCCUCCCUGCUCCUAUCUUUGCUGAAAUCGAGCUCUACAAGUUCAAUCCAUGGGAGCUUCCAAAUAAAGCCUUGUUUGGAGAAGAUGAAUGGUAUUUCUUCAGUCCAAGAGAUAGGAAGUACCCUAAUGGAGUGAGGCCAAAUAGAAUGGCAGGUUCAGGAUAUUGGAAGGCAACGGGGACAGAUAGACCUAUUUUGGGAACAUCUGGUGAGAAGAUUGUCGGGGUGAAGAAAGCACUGGUAUUCUAUAAAGGUCGACCUCCAAGAGGGGAUAAGACAGACUGGAUCAUGCAUGAAUACAGGCUGAUUGAUUCAUCUAUUUGCAGCUCAAGAAAGCCAAAAGAAUCAAUGAGGUUGGAUGACUGGGUUCUAUGUAAAGUGAAACAAAAGACUAGUACCCCAAGAAACUUUUGUGAGGAUGAAUACGGUCAAAGCAAACAACCUGAAAAGUUGAUGAUUGGUUCUACGGACAUGAAACCUAAACUUGAAAUCUUGAAGGAAACCUUAUUUAAAGAUUGUCCCAUGCUGCCUUUCAUCUUCAAUUCUCACAUGGACUUUGCUUCCAUCAACACAAUGUCUUCUACCAUCAGUCUUGAAGGCAGUAAAAUCUCAUUUAAUUCACCCGAAAACAGAGGAAACUUUCAAGAGGCAAUUGAAGGGUCAACUAAAUAUGAAAAAAAACGUAAAGAAACGAAUCAGGAGGCUUUCAUCAACCCUCCCAAAAAGCUUAGAAGCAUGAAAGGUGUAGAUGAGGAAAUCACAUCUUUAGGAAUGUAUACAAAUGAGGCGAGCUUAUACGGUGGAGAUCAAUCUGAUAUGUGGACGCGUAUGUCGGCUUACCAAGAUCUUAGUCACCUGACCUUCAUGUAA